UGAAUAUUAAAAAAUAAGGUUUAAAUAAAAUUGGGCGAGGCCAACAGCUCUCUCUACAGAACGAACUUUUUCAUAGCUCCUAGUGGAAUCGAAGUCCCUCUGCAACUAACCAAUUCUCCCCAUGGCGUUCUCUGGCUCUCGUGAUGCUUGCCCCAUGGUAAAGAACAUUCUUCUUCUAGACUCUGAAGGGAAGCGUGUGGCUGUCAAAUACUACUCAGAUGAUUGGCCAACCAAUAAUGCAAAGUUAGCUUUUGAAAAAUCAUUGUUUACCAAGACUAUGAAGUCAAAUGCCCGGACAGAAGCGGAGAUCACAAUGUUCGACAACUACAUUGUUGUCUAUAAAUUUGUUCAAGACCUCCACUUCUUUGUGACUGGAGGUGAUGAUGAAAACGAACUCAUCUUAGCUUCUGUUCUUCAAGGCUUCUUUGAUUCGGUUUCUCUUCUAUUGAGGAGUACUGUUGACAAAAGGGAGGCACUUGAGAACUUGGAUCUCAUCUUUUUAUGCCUCGAUGAGAUUGUUGAAAAAGGGAUGAUUCUGGAAACAGAUGCCAAUGUUAUUGCAGGAAAGGUGGCAGUAAAUAGCAUGGAUCCUGGUGCACCUUUGUCUGAACAGACAAUAAGCCAAGCACUGGCUACAGCACGUGAACAUUUGACAAGAACACUCUUUCAGUAAGGCUGCCAUGGGGGGACGGAGAAAAUGGCUUGGAUUUCAUGCUUUAGCAAUUUUUUGUUUUCAGUAUGUUGUCAUGUAGCAAUUGAUCUUCAUCAUUGAGCUUAAAAUUAGUUGAGGAUAAUACCAUUUGGGCUUGUUAUGGUUUACCCAAUCAAUAACAUCUUUUUUUGCUUGUCUUCAACCGUUGUUUUGCCUCAGGCCUGUGGUGUAGACCUGGCCUCCAGUUUGGUUUUGGUUAACAUUGGCAGUUCUGGUUCAAAGAUUGAUGGGAUAAAAUGGUUCCCUGGUUCGAUUCA